AUGGCACCAAAUCAGCCGAGGCCACAGAUGGCACAGCAAUACUACUACCAGCACCAGUAUGCACAACUCCCAGUGUUUCAAUGGAGGACAUAUGAUCUGAACACUCUCACCUUUUCUGCUCAUCCUAUAAUACCACCUGAACGACUCUAUCCCAGCUACUCAUAUGCUGACGAUCGUUUCAAGUCCAACGAUCUACCUCCACCCGUGAUCGACGACAGACCUAACGAGCAUCCGGCGGAUGACUCCGUGUUCGACGACAUGGAAGACAUCGUAAUUCUCGACGACAAACAUCUUGGUGAGGAGGCAGCUGUACCUCCUGCAGAAGAAAGGCCCGAAGAAGGCCCUCCAUCACCCGAAGCGACAGACGCUUCAGAAGAUAAAGUAGAAGAGCCGUCUCCAGACGAGAAGGCAGAGGAAGCUUCCAAUGAACCGGAUGGGCACAAAGAACCUACAGAAGCAGAAUCAGGCGUCACUGGUGAGGGAGAAACAAGCCCGCCAGAAGAAGACCCAGCACAGGCAGAGCAACAGGCUGAACCAGAGGAAACAUCAACCCAACCACCUGCUGUUGAAUCCAGUGACGAAGCCAAGCAUGGUGAUACUGAGGAACCCCCAGCCAGCGAGUCUGCAAAAGAAGACCAGCCAGAGUCUGAAACUGUCCUCGAACAGGUCGAAAAGCUGCAACAAGAGGACGCUUCUCCUGACGAGGUUCAAUCGGUCCUUGAAAAAGCAAUGUCAGAUGUGGGUGCCGGUUCUGACUCCUAUGUACCAGCAGAAGUGGGUGAGGGUACCUCAAGUGCGGAGUCCAGCGAGCCAGCACCUGCGGACGAUCCACCCGCCACAACCGACGUAGCGGAGAAGGCAGAGGAUUCUCCUCCGGAACCAGAAACUAUCCCAGAAGAAGCGGGACAAGGUGAUGAUACUCUUGAGAAUACCGCCGAGGAAUCACCUGCAGCAAAUGAAGAAGAAUUCCCCUCAAAUGAUCAAGAACCUGUACCUGAAGCUACGCCUGAAGCCUCACCAGGAGGAGGUUCAGCUGAAGCUUCGGCAGAAGAGGAAACUAAGGAUCAACCAUCUGGUGAUACUCCAAGAGAUGAACCAAACGAGGAACCACCACCAGCAGAAACUGGAUAUGAAUCUGGUGACGCAGUUAUUGUGGAAACAGAGACAAAGGAGGAAACCACUGAAAAGGACCCCGUCGAAAGCGACCCUCCCUCAACGGCGGAAGCGGAUGCUGAGACUCCGGCACCGGCUCCCGAUGAAGCCACAGAAAAGCAAGCUGAUAGCACUCCAGAUGAGGGGGAGAGCCCUGCCGAGGAAAAUUCUGCCGAUGCAGAGGCUGCUGUAGAGCCUGGGCCAACUGCCGAAGGUGAUUCUCCGCCCACUACAGAAAACACCACAGAUGGCGAGAUUAAAGACGAGGAAGACGAGGAAGAUGGUGCAAAGGGCGCAAAUACUGUGGAAGUCAGUGCAGACGCUGCAACACCUGCUGAGGAUCAGCCAAAUACUCCUACGGGAGAGGUCACAGAAGAACCUUCGACCGAACCUACCGAGGGAAAUACAUCUGAUACUCAGGACCCUGUUGAAAACACAACAGAGGUCACCGAAGCUACGACUGAAGAAGGCACCAAUACUGAAGCAGCAGCAACUGAAGAUACAUCUGCUCCAUCUGAAGAAGCCCCAGCUGAGGAGAAGACGCCCGAUGAAGAAGCUCCUUUCGAAGAUGCUGUAGGCGACCAGCCUCCAGAGGAACCUCCUGCUACGGAAGAUGCCGUUGCUAAUGAGACUCCUGCUACUGAUGAGGCACCGGUGACCGAGGAAACUCCCCCGGCUAUGGAAGAAACACCUACGGCAGAAGAGCCUCCCGCUGUUGAAGUGACUCCUGAUGCGGAAGACACGCCUAUUGCGGAAGAUAAGCCUACUGACGAGGCUCCGGUUGAUGAGGCCGCCGCUGCUACCGACGAAGCGCAUGCCGCUGAAGAAGCCCCUGCCGCGGAAGAAGUCCUAGCUAUUGAAGAGGCUUCCGCACCUGAGGAAGCUACCGCUGCCGCUGAAGAAGCUCCUACCGCUGAAGAAGCCCCCGCCGCGGAAGAAGCUCCCGCCGCUGAAGAAGCUUCCGCAGCUGAGGAAGCUACCGCUGCCGCUGAAGAAGCUCCUCCUAUAGAGGAGGCCCCUGCUGCUGAAGAAGCUCCUACCGCUGAAGAAGCCCCUGCCGCUGAAGAAGCCUCCGCCGUGGAAGAAGUCCUAGCUAUUGAAGAGGCUUCCGCGCUUGAGGAAGCUACCGCUGCCGCUAAAGAAGCUCCUCCUAUAGAGGAGGCCCCUGCCGCUGAAGAAGCUCCUGCCGCUGAAGAAGCCCCUGCCGCUGAAGAAGCCCCUGCCGCUGAAGAAGCCCCUGCCGCUGAAGAAGCUCUAGCUAUUGAAGUGGCUUCCGCACCUGAGGAAGUCACCGCUGCCGCCGAAGAAGCAUCUACAGAAGAGGCUCCAGUUCCCGAUGAGGCUGAAGCCGCUCCUGAAGAAACAGAAGCUGCUGUAGUAGAAGGUGCAGUAGCGACGGGGGUAAUUGUAGCUGGUGCAGCCCUUGCGGGCUCAGUCGCGACUAAGCGACGGAGGAGAACACACAGAAGGUAUAGCGAGACUCGCGAACAUCACUCUAAAGACCCUCUACACGGACACAAGGCAAAACUCGAGCGAACCAAAGACAAGACAGGUUUAUUUGAGAAUGCGAUUGGCAGAGAAGUAUCCAAAGCCAAAGAAAGCCAGCAUCGCCGACAUGAAAGUGAAGAAUACAAAGAGAAGAGGCGCCUACGGAAGGAACGAGAAGCUGCGGAGGCGGCCAUACGAGAGGAAAAGCGAAAAGAACGUGAAGCUCAAGAGGCAGCUGAAAAAGAAGAAGAACGUCAGCAGCGCCGAGCUGAAAGGGACAGAGAAAGGGAAAGAGAAAAUGUAGAAAGAGAAAGGGAGAGGCUGGACAGAGAGGCUCGCAUCAAGGCUCAUAACGAGCGAAAACAGCGACGAGAACAAGAGGAGGCUGCAAAAGCAGAAAAGAGGAAAGGGAAGGAGAAAGAGCUACCAGACGAUGCGGAAACCACCAGCGACACUAGGCGCAGGACAGGACGCAGAACGAGCUUUGCUGGAUCGAACAAUAGCGGAAGUAGCAAUGCUGGAGAGAUCAUUCCCGCCAUAUUGAAGAGAAUUGGAACAGGUGAGAGCGACACAGGGGGGCCCCUUCUCAUGGUUAGGGUCAAUGAUAAACACGACGGAGCACGAAGCGCCAGCCAUCGACGGCGAGAGAGAGGGAGCGACUCGGACAAGGACCGUGAGGGUGAAGUGGCCGGUGGAUCUAGUCGACAUCACCACCACCAUCGAUCGGACGCGGAUCGUCCAAAAAUCUCAAGGUACUCGAGCUCGAGAAGUCAAAGGCAAUACCAUGAGACUUCACGGCCCUCAACAGAUAGGCCAGGGCUUCUCAAAAAGGUAUUCGAUACAUUCGCCGAGCAUGUACAAUUUCGGGAUGCUUUCCGCCCAGAACGGGUUGGAGCAUGA